UCGACCGACCCGUCGACUUUUAUUUUUAUUUUAUUUUUUUUGUUUUAUACAUUCAUUUAUGUACAAGUGCUUGAAUAAUUGGCGAACGAUAUAAAAUACCUAGCUAAAUAUGGCAGCUAAAAAGAAGAAUUUAGAUGUAUAUUUGAGUGAAAUAUUUAAGCAGUUUAUUGCUUUAAAAGAAAAUGACUUAAAAAGAUCACAGGAAGUGUUUAAAAGUGUCUUCGAAUCCUUUAAACAAAAGAUGGGUGAACAAUGCAACUAUUUUAAUAAAUAUGCUAGCCAGGUACUAUAUGCAGGCAGUGUCUACGAUGGUAUAAAAGUGAGUAAGCUCGAUGAAUUCGAUAUGGACAUAGUAAUUCGGCUUCCCAUCAACUACGACGACGGCGAAAAUGGCAUCAUCAUAGAAAACGACGAACCCGGUUUUGUAAAACUAAAAAUUAUUAAAGCAUUCGACAAUUUGGACAAACAAAAGGAAUGGGAAACAUGUCAUAAAGUAACUCGGGAUUGGCGUGAUUCAGACAAGUACUUGUUACAAAAUAAAUUUCGGCAAUGGUUGCAUAAAAUAGUUCAGAGGACCCUUAACGAACUCGACGGGAAGAUAACGGUUCUAGGAGUCACGUACUUGAUGAAGUUCAAAGCCUCGGGACCAGCUUACACUCUAAAUAUAAGGAAUGUUGACGGCGAUGAAGAUUUUCUAUUAGAUGUAGACCUUGUUCCUGUUAUUAAGUUCAUGCUGCCAAGAUGGCCAGAAGGCUACAGAACCGUCGAAAACAGUCAAAUAAAGGAGUGGUUAGUGGUACCGAAACCGAACAAGGCGAUUCAAGAUGAAGCUCAGAAGAAUCGCUUGUGGAGGCUUUCGUUUCAGGAUUACGAGCGGGACAUGAUAAAGGGCUGCCAGCAGUUGAAGACUACCAUACGUUUGAUAAAAAAAUUACGUGAUUCGUUAGGUAUGAAAGCCAUCGCAAGUUAUUAUAUCAAGACGCUAUUUAUGUGGAAGGUGGAAGCAAACGAUAAGAAAUACUGGCAGAAAAAAAUCAGCGUCCACUUUCGCGAAAUGGUCGAAGAACUUUACAAAGCGGUCAACAAUGGAAAAAUACCAUAUUUCUGGAACGAAAACAACAAUUUAAUACAAGGAGUGAGACCGUCACUACUACAGUUAUAUGCAAAGAAAUUAAAAGAAGUACUCGACAGUAUCGAUUCGAACGAUGUCGAGAAAACGGCAUUCUUUCUCUUAAAUACGGAAGAGAUAAAUGAGUUUAAAAAUUCCGAAUUUUACAAAACACAAGAAGCUAAUAAUAUUAAUAACGUCAGCCGGCAAGCGUCAAUUGUAAGUACAAGCAGUUUGCCGAGUGAAGUUGAAUCUCCAAAACCAGAAAAGUCUAAAGACGAUAAUUUAUUGAACAUUGUAAAAAGUCUUAUGGGGAAAGUCGAUCGCUUGACAAUGAAAGUCGAUCAACUGGAAGAGAAGGUUUUUGAACUUGAAAAGGAAAAGCAGGGAAAUAAGUGUAUAAAAUGUUCUAUACCUGACGAUGGAAGUUUAAAAGAACCAUCUGGCGAAAAAACUACAACAAACAGAGAAUCCGAAAACGCAAUAUCAGAUUUACUGAUACUUUAAACAUGUUUACCGCAAAUGUAAAAGCGAAAAUUCUUAAAAUAAUGCGUUAGUGCAACAUUCAAUAUUGUGGAACAAGCUUGACAACUUUUGGAGAUCUC